AUCCCCGUGGAAUCUGGGGACGAGGAGGAAGAGGAGGAGGUAUCGGAGGCAGAAACAGAGCAGCUGGGGUCCAGUUCCGACUCGGAUGAAGAUGAAAGCGAAGAGAAAAUUGAUGAAGCAGCAGCGGCUGGAGAUGAAAACGGAGAGAAAAUUGAUGAAGCAGCAUGGACGUCAAAAAAUGGAAAAAUAUCUUGGUCUCCCACAAACGCUGAGACGUUCCGCUACAUCCCAGCAGCCACUGGUCUGACCCCGGGACCUACACGCUAUGCCACUCUCCGAAUCGUUGACCCCAUAUCCAGCUUCGCGCUGUUUCUAACGGAUGAGAUCGUGAAGCAUAUUGUGUCCAUGACAAACCUGCAUGGGAAUCGCAAAAUUCCCGGCUGGCGAGAUAUAGACGCAGAGGAGUUUCGGGCUUAUGUGGGGCUGCUCGUUUUGUCCGGUGUUUACAGGUCAAAACACGAAUCAACGAAGAGCCUCUGGAGUGAAAAAUGGGGACGGAGCAUUUUCCGGGCUACGAUGUCCGAGAACAGGUUUCACCACAUCAGCAGAGCACUGCGGUUCGAUGAUAAGCUAUCCCGCCCCCAACGCCAUGUUGACAAGAUGGCUCCCUUCCGCAAAGUCUGGAAUAUGUGGACGCACCGCCUGGAGAUGCUGUUCAGCCCAGACAGAGAUCUCUGUGUGGAUGAACAACUCGUCGCGUUCAAAGGCAGGUGUAGCUUCAGGCAGUACAUGCCAAAGAAGCCGGCCAAAUAUGGUAUCAAGAUUUGGGCAGCCUGUGAUGUCAAAACAUCCUACGCAUGGAGACUGCAGGUGUACACGGGCAAAGCAGCUCCAGAUCGUGUUGAAGUCAACCAGGGGAUGAGGGUGGUCCUGGACAUGACAGAGGGGCUCCAGGGACACGUCGUCACCUGUGAUAAUUUUUUCACUUCCUGUGCACUGGCAGAUGAGCUACUCAAGAGGAAAAUGGCCCUGGUUGGCACAAUUCGCCAAAACAAGCCUGAGCUUCCACCUCAUUUGCUCCAGGCAAAAAAGAGAGAGAUCUUCUCCUCCAUCUUCGCGUUUACAAACACCCACACACUUGUGUCUUACAUCCCCCGACGGGGCAAGAAUGUGCUGCUACUAAGCACAAAACACCGCUGCCCAGACGUGAGCAAAGAAGGGAAGAGAAAGCCUGUAAUAAUCGAAGAUUACAACAAAUGCAAAGGAGGUGUCGACAACCUUGAUAUGGUUGUUGGCACCUACUCCUGCAGGAGGAGAACAAAUUAUUGGCCAAUGGCCCUCUUCCACAACGUCCUUGAUGUUUCACUUUACAAUGCCUACGUCCUGUGGACAUUAAUCGAGUCAUCCUGGCAGAAGCAGAAAGGACACAGACGGAGGGUCUUCAUUGAAGAAGUGGGAGAAAUGCUGGUGAACCCACACAUAGCAAAGAGAGGGCGCCUUCCUCGCUCAUCAGCCGCUGCAGCAGUAGUCACAAAUCUGACUGCAGCGGCUUCAUGGACCGCUCCCAUCAUUCAAUUUAAGGGCAGGAGGCAGUGCGAAUUUUGCAAAGACAAAAGAAGAGUUUUCAACACCUGCUGCAAAUGUGAGAAGCAUACAUGCAAGGACCACAGUCUGUCCAUUUGUAAUGACUGUGCCGUCUGAGCAGGACUCUCACACCCAGACACAUACUACCUCUCUCCCUGUCUGUCUCUCUCCCCAUCCCCAACAACAUAAAUGUUCAUGUUUAUCUUUCUAAAAUAAAUGUUUUUCUAGUUCAAACUGAGCUUGUAAUUUUAUUUACGUUAGCAAGGUAAUAAACAUUUAGUGUGGAAAAAGUGAAAAACAUCAUAUACCAUUAUAGGUUAUGAUUAUUACAUUUACUGUGCCCCUGC